AUGCCGUCGCCGUUCUCUCGCGCUGGCCAACUGCCGCCCAAGCAGUCGCCCAAAGCCUCGCCGUCCCUCUCCCCCUCGAUCCACUCCUUGCUCAACAACCCGUCCGAAGUCGACACGCCGUUCGACAGCGACUACUUUGGUGCGCCAGGAGGACAGGAUGCGAGCUCGUUGUUCGCCGCCGAGGGUUCGAACGGGUCGAGGAAGGCCUCUUCGCCGAGUCCAACGGCAAUGCCUCCUUCUGCAGCCGCAACAGCUUCACCUGGCCCAGUCGGCUUCCGAAACCUCUUGACGCCCGACCCGGCGCAUACGUACGGCGGAGAAGCAGCGCAGCGGCCUCACAAGCGGGCGAGGCCGACGAGCAGCAGUUCGUCAAUCGGGUCUUUCAGUACGGGAGCAGGAGCGUUCGAUGGGCCAAACGGGAGUCGCGCUGCGGAAGACGAAGAAGAAGGGGCGAUGCAGCCGCCAGCGACGCGCGUCCGACGAUCCAGCUCGACUUCCUCGACUCCAGCUCCUGCACCCUCGACCCCGACUAUUCCCCGCCGCUCCGCUUCUCCGACCCGACAGAACCCUCCAGCUCCCGCACCUGUUGCAUCCACCUCAACCGCCCGAUCAGCCCCUCCUCCUCCGCCUCCUGCACCGGCUCGAAGAGGCAGCCUCGCCCUCGAACCGAGCAUCUUCAACGUCGAGCCGAUCGACGAGUUUACGCGCGAGGUGGCAGAUUGGCUGUGGGGAUUCUGCGCGCAGCUAGACUGGGACACCGUCGAGAUCGAAGCCAAGAUUGGCUUGCUUGUCGACCGGAAUGGCGGGAUGCGCGUGAACUUGCCAGUACCAAUAGAAACGAUCCUUACCGACGACAGCGGCUUACGAUUUGAGAGCAACAUGACCGUCAACCAACACAAGGCCUUCAAUCAACUCCUCAACUCUCGCGUCGAAGAGUCAGCCCACCCAAGCUAUGCCUUCGCACCCGUCCGUUACUCCCACACCCGCGAACUCGACACCUUCCAUGAGAUCCCCGCGAUGCAAGGGCAGCCGAAGCGCAAGGUGCGCGUCACGAGGGACCAAAAGGAUAAGAGCAAGCCGCCUAUUGCGGUGGAGAAGGUCAGGGUGGCGGAUAUGAACAUCUUCAGCCCGAAGCGACUGUUCGACUGGAGGGUGAGCGUCAGUUUGGAAAUGCCCGCGCCCAUACCAGACACCCCUCCGACCCACUCGCGCUACAAAGACCGCAUCUCCUACUCGCACCAGCUCUUCCAAGUCGACCUGACGCAAGUCACCGUCCCUUCCUCGCCGAAACCGACUCACGAACUCGAGAUCGAGUUCAAGCGCGCGAGAGGCCUGUUAGAAGAGGCGGCGAAGGAGCAGCGCGGCGAGGAGAACAAGUACCUCGAGAUGGUACAGGUGUUGCUCAACAACAUCCGCAUGCUCAUCCGGAACGCCAGCAACCCUUGA